CCGCGUCGUCAGCAUGCUCGGGCAGCCCGAGCAGCCUCAGUUGCUUGACCAGGAAGACGUUCUGGAAUGACUUGCGUGACACCCACCAUGAUGAUUCACACCUGAGGAAUCAGAAUCAUAUCUGCCGUAGACUCACACGCGUUCCUUACACGUCCCCUGCUUUGACUGCCAGAUGAUAAGAACCUGCGCUUCUCACCGCGGACAGUGUGGGCUUGGACCUGAGGCAUCUCCUGCAUUGCGAUCGAACAUACACUCUCGUCUUUCGUGCUUUCCUGACAACAGCGGAGAAAAAACAGCAACCCCGUUCCGCAGCAGACUGAGACUGAAUAUCAUCAUGUCCUCCUCCGAGAAGAACUCCGACGUUGCUUCCCUCGCCUCGGAUGCCCCGCUGUUAAGCAAGAAGGAUCAGGACGCCGGUUCCAAGGCAGCCUCAAAGAAGCAAAGCCUCCUGAGCCGGCUGUCCGGCUCCCGCAGCGGCACGGACAGCUCGAGCAAGACCGUCUCGUCAUCAAAGCAAGCCGACGGGAAGCAAGCCGACGGGAAGCAGGCGACCCGCGCCAUCGACGACGUCUACCGGAAGUACCCCAUGCUCGCCGCCAGAUCAUCCCACCCGCUUUGAUUGAGACGCCGCUGGCGCCUAAGCGCGGUUUCGGGGGACAUCAUAUGGGGCAACAUCGUGUUAUUAUUGACGCACGGCAUUGCGUGGCACAGUCUGCGUGAACGAGAGGGGCGACGCCAGGUUGCUGGCGCUGGAGAAGAGAAGGCACUUGGA